AUGAGUAACACAACAAACAAAAAUGAAGGAAGCAAGAAAGAUAGGUUUGUUUGGACGCAACAAAUGGAAGAUGCAUUCAUUGAUGUGCUGUAUUACCAACAUAUUAAAGGGAAUAGGGUUGAUGGAACUUUUACUAGUAAAGCAUAUGAUGAAAUGGUUAAAGAAUUGUGUGCAAAACUUGAAAUGGAUUUUACAAAAGAUAGGAUUAAGAAUCGAUUGAAGACUAUAAAGACUCAUUUCAAUGAGUGGUAUGACCUGUUUAAGAAUGGAUUGAGCGGAUUUGCUUGGAGUCGUGAGACAAAGAUGUGGAGUGCGAAACCAGAGGUUCGGAAUUCAUUGAUUGAGGCAAAACUGCAAGCGGAGAAAUGGAGAACUACACCUAUUAACAACUAUGAUAAGUUGCUUGCAAAAGAUAGAGCGAUGGGUGAUGAGGCUACAACUGCUAAGGAGAAACGUUUUUAA